AUGAAUCAACAACAAAUUAGAAGAGUUGAAACAUUAACUAAUCAUUUAUGUUCAUCAUCAAAUGAAAGUUUUUAUCUCUCAUCAAAUAAUACAGAUGCAUCAUUAAGAGAACUUGUUAUUAGAGCACAAGCUCAAAGAAAUGCAAGAAAUACUAAAACUCUUAAAGGUUUAGAAGAGAUGAAAACUUUAGUUGGUAAAGAGAUUGGUACAAGUGAAUACUUUAAAAUCACUCAAGAUCGUGUAAACUCUUUUGCUGAAUCAACUGGUGAUUUCCAAUGGAUUCAUAUUGAUCCAGAAAGAGCUAAAUCUGAAAGUCCUUUUGGUGGUCCAAUUGCACAUGGUUUCUUAACAUUAUCAUUAGCACCAAUGUUUGCAGAAGAAGUUAUGCCAAAUGUUGAAGGUAUUAAAUAUGGUGUAAAUUAUGGUUUCAAUAAAAUUAGAUUCUUAUCGCCAGUACCAGUCGAUGGUAAUUUAAGAUGUAAAUUUGAAUUACAAGAAUUAACACCAGUUUCAGGUGGUGCUCAAGCUGUUAUUAAAUUAACUUUUGAAGUUGAAGAUCAACCAAAAGCUUCUGCAAUUUGUGAAUGGAUUAUUCGUUACUAUGAAUAA